AUGACUGCAAGCGACUUCCUAGAUGUCUCCGAUCAGAAGAAACGUUUCAAAGUUUCCGAAACCACCUCUUAUCAAUAUCAUCCCGACACAGACGACGAAGAGGACAGUACAGAUGACGAAGAAAUCGAAGUAGUCAGCGAAGCGAACGAGACAGAUAACGACGAAGAAGAUAUUGAUCCGAAUCACCAGCUUCUCGGGAUGACGUUUGAGGAGUUGGCUCAAUCCUUUGGUAUAAGUGAGACGCUGUUGUCUUCUAUUCGGCCCGGAACAUUGCGCAGCCCUAACAGAGCGCCGUAUCGCCUGAUUGAUGACUUAAGGCCUAUCGCAGAACAGAUGGGUGGCCCAUUCUUAAUCUUCACCAAAGAGGACAUAUUCCUCAUCCAAGGCCUUUCCGCAACAUCACUCAAUGUGCCUCUCAAUCCCAUCGUCGCGAUAAGACGACCGCUACAUCCAGGCCGAUGGGUAGACUCCCUCAUGUCUUGCGACCGACACUGCUUCUUCUCCCAGAUACCCGAGCUGGGCAUCUUCAUAGUCGGAUCUCCGGCCGGUCGUGUCGGCGUCUUUAGUCUAUACUACACUAGAGACCAGAACACUGGUGAUCCACGGUAUGGCUUCAAACUUGAAUACCUUCUGCCGUUCCGGUCGGGCAAUGAGACGGAGAUAGCGGGAGGGCCGAACGAACGACUGCUUGGUGUGGCUGUCGCGCCUGUACAAGGCAUGUUUGACACUUCAGAAAAUAUCGAAGUACCGGAUCAACGGGGCUUGCUCUCGCUCCAGCCUCGCCGAUGGCGCUUGAUGAUGUACUACAUGGAUCAUACUGUAUUGAGCUUUGAGUUGUCAAAGCGCAGGAUGGGCGAGUCGCCAAGCUUGGGUGAUAUGGUCGUUUAG